CAAGUUGGGCAAGCCAACAUGUUGAAAAACCAAUGUUCACCCAUUAAUAUAAAUGGGUUGAGCCUAACAUACCCAUAUUUCAUUUUUUUUAACUUGUUGUCCAAUCCCGUUAUUCUAGUGAGCCAAACCGAGAGAACUUAGCCGACCGUUCCUUAUAUGACAACUCUAAAAAUAACAACAUAAUUUUCCCUGUAAAAUAUGAUUAUUACAAUUUACAAACAAAAAAAAAAAAAUUGUUUCUAAAAAUGUUUUCCCUACAUCUCAAUUUUCUUUCCCACCAAACAAUCUAUAGAAACAAAAAAAAAAAAAAAACAUUUCUCAACAAAGAAACUUCUAUGAGUUCUAAGUUCUAACCUUCUCUUAAACCCUUGUAAAACCUCAAAAUCGCUAAGUAGCGCAAACUUCGUCGUCUUCGGAGGAGAGAGAAUAUGCAAGGCCACCAUCAUCUCCGUCGCGCAGUACGCAGUCUUUCUUCUUCACUCUCACCUCGAUUUUCUCUCUCCUCUAACUCCAUUUCUAAACCCUUUUCUUCCUCAUCUUCUCUCACACCCACCUCAUUCAUCAAAAACAAAAACACCCAUGUCUCUAAAUUUGUUGUUAGUGAAGUAAUUAAUCAUACCCACAAUCCCAAUUCAUGUAAAAACGAUCAAAUUGAUGAUUAUUUAGUUGAUCCUGAAGUUGGGUUCCAAGAAGAAAAUACUGAGGUUGAAGAUUUAAAGAGUUUUGAUGGAAGUGCUUGUAAUUCGACUGUAACAGAUGCUUAUGCUGCUAUUGAAUUAGCUCUUGAUUCUGUUGUUAAGAUUUUUACUGUUGCUAGUAGUCCGAAUUUUAUUUUACCUUGGCAGAAUAAGUCUCAGCGCGAAACUAAUGGUUCUGGGUUUGUCAUUUCGGGGAGAAGGAUCUUGACGAAUGCACAUGUGGUGGCGGAUCACAAGUAUUUGCUUGUUAGGAAACAUGGUUGCCCUACCAAGUAUAGAGCAGAUGUAUUGGCAGUUGGACAUGAGUGUGAUUUGGCUAUCUUAGUUGUUGAGAAUGAAGAGUUCUGGCAGGGUAUGAAACAUUUGGAACUUGGAGAGACUCCGUUUCUGCAAGAAGCUGUAGCUGUUGUAGGAUAUCCGCAAGGAGGGGAUAACAUCUCCGUAACAACAGGUGUUGUUUCCAGAGUUGAGCCGACACAAUAUGUACACGGGGCUACUCAGCUCCUGGCGAUACAAAUUGAUGCAGCUAUCAACCCGGGUAAUAGUGGAGGCCCAGCAAUCAUGGGAGAUAAAGUUGCUGGAGUAGCAUUUCAGAACCUUUCAGGUGCAGAGAAUAUUGGUUACAUUAUUCCAGUGCCUGUGAUAACGCAUUUCAUAGCUAGUGUAGAAGAUCGUGGUAAGUAUGUGGGUUUCUGUUCUUUGGGUUUGUCGUGCCAAGCAAUGGAAAAUGAGCAGCUGCGAGAACACUUUGGGAUGCAACCUGGAAUGACGGGGGUACUUGUGAGUAAAAUUAACCCAAUUUCGGAAGCUCACAAGAUUUUGAAGAGAGAUGAUAUUAUUCUGGCAUUUGAUGGUGUGUCUAUAGCAAACGAUGGGACAGUUCCUUUCAGGAAUAGAGAGCGAAUACCUUUUGAUCAUCUAGUCUCCAUGAAGAAAGUGAAUGAGAAAGCUGAGCUGAAGGUGUUAAGGGAUGGCAAAGAGUACGAUUUCUUGAUAAAUGUCCAGCCUUUGCAGCCAUUGGUUCCUGUCCAUCAGUUUGAUAAGCUGCCUAGUUACUACAUAUUUGCUGGUCUAGUCUUUAUUCCACUGUCUCAGCCAUACCUCCAUGAGUAUGGAGAAGAAUGGUACAAUACUUCACCUCGUAGAUUGUGUGAACGAGCACUCAGAGAGGUGCCAAAGAAAGCCGGUCAACAGCUAGUUAUACUAUCUCAGGUUCUUAUGGAUGAUAUUAAUGCUGGAUAUGAGCGGCUUUCAGAAUUGCAGGUGAGAAAAGUUAAUGGAGUGGAGAUCGAUAAUUUGAAGCACUUGUGCCAGCUUGUAGAGGAUUGUAAAGAAAAGAAUUUGAGGAUUGAUUUGGAUGAUGAUAGAGUUAUUGUAUUGGAUUACCAUAAAGCUAAGCUUGCAACAUCUCGAAUUUUGACACGACAUCGAAUACCUUCUUCUACAUCUAGUGAUCUCGUCGAGAGUGAAGAGGAACCAACUGUAGCUGCAUCCUAGAACUGAGACAUAUUCUUCUUCCCAUUUUUGGUAUCUAGCUAUAUGUAUUACUAUGUUCCAUGUGAUUUUAGAUCAAAUUAAACUAACUUGAAAUUGUAUUGACAUCAUUUAUUCUUUCAUCUUCAUUACAAGGGAAAAUGUAGAAAUAUUGGUGAGCUCCCUUGUAUGCUUAGGCUCCUAGUUUUAGUCUUUUAGAUGUUCAAAGUAGUCAAGGAAAUUGAUCUUUUCAAUUCUGUUUCCUUCCUUUUUCUCUCGCAAAAACAAGGGAAUAUAAAUUUAUAUCAUUCACCUCGAUUUUUCCUAUCCAAA